GAUCACCUACCUCUGCACCAUCCCGCCACCCCGUCUGCACUCGCACGCUCCGCAAACGCCCGCCUUGCCUACCGCCGCCCCACCAAGGCCCAUCGUCCAUCGUGGGCGCCCUCCGUUCCGCUGCCAGCACCACCACGACACCACCCGACGACCCCUUUGAACAUAGCAAUCAGCUUGCGAACUGCCCAGCAUGGCCGACUUUGAGGCGCUCAAGGACCAGUGGAGCGAGAUCGAGGACAGAGAUGGCCUCCGCCUCAGCUGGAACACGUUUCCCAGCUCGCGCAUGGAAGCCUCUCGUCUCGUUGUCCCCAUUGGCGCUCUCUAUACCCCUCUGAAGGAGAAGACGGACACGCCUCUGCUUCAAUAUACGCCCGUCGGCUGUCGGGCUCCAUGCAAGGCCAUCCUCAACCCAUUCUGUCAAAUUGACAUGCGCGCCCGUGUCUGGAUAUGUCCUUUCUGCCUUAGCCGCAACCCCCUCCCCCCGGCCUACAAGGACAUUUCUGAGCAGCAAAUACCACCCGAGCUACAUGCCUCAAACACCACCAUCGAAUACCGCAUUCCCGGUACUACGACAAGCCCUCCCAUUCUUCCCAUCUUCAUUUUUGUCGUCGACACAUGCCAGGAGGAGGACAGCUUGAAGGCCCUCAAGGACUCGAUCAUCAUGAGCCUGAGCUUGCUCCCGCCAGACGCGUUGGUUGGACUUAUUACAUACGGUACCAUGGCCCAAGUACACGAGUUGGGCUACGCUGAAUGCGCCAAGUCGUAUGUUUUCCGCGGCAGCAAGGACUACUCUUCCAAGCAGGUUCAUGAGAUGCUUGGCCUCAGCCAGAUGCCCAUGCGGCCAGGUGUUCCACAGCAACCUGGUCGACCUGCGAUGGCGCCCCCCGCGGGUGUCGGCUCGCGCUUCAUCCUCCCCGUCGCGCAGUGCGAAUUCCAGUUGACCAACGCCCUCGAGUCCCUUCAGCGAGAUCCCUGGCCCGUCGCAAACGAUAAGCGCCCCCUCAGGUGUACUGGUGUGGCGCUCAGUGUCGCUGCUGGACUUUUGGAGACACAGUUCGUGAACCGGGGUGCUCGCAUCAUGCUAUUCAGUGGUGGCCCAGCAACUGAGGGACCCGGAAUGGUUGUCGGCCCCGAGCUACGUGAACCCAUCCGAUCGCACCACGACAUCGAUCGCGACAACAUCAAAUACUACAAGAAGGCACUCAAGUUCUACGAGGGACUUGCAAAGCGCGUCUCGCACAAUGGCCAUAUCGUUGACAUCUUUGCAGGAUGUCUUGAUCAGGUCGGCCUCCUCGAAAUGCGGGGUCUUGCAAACUCGACGGGUGGACACAUGAUCUUGACGGACAGCUUCACCUCGUCCAUGUACAAGCAGUCUUUUGCGCGAGUGUUCAACAAGGAUGCCGAGGAAAAUCUCCUCAUGGGUUUCAACGCCAACCUCGAAGUCCUCACGACAAAGGAACUGAAGCUUACUGGUCUCAUCGGCCAUGCUAUUUCGAUGAACAAGAAGUCUGUGUCUGUUGGCGAAACUGAGUGCGGUAUUGGCAAUACUUGCGCAUGGAAGAUGUGUGGUAUUGACCCCCAGUCCUCGUACGGUAUCUACUUUGAGAUUGCCGGCCAGGGAGGCCCGAGCCAGAUGCAGUCAGGGCAGCAGCAGGCUUUGAUCCAGUUCCUCACAUACUACCAGCACUCAUCUGGCCAGUUCCACCUCAGAGUCACCACCGUCGCCCGACCGCUGAGUAGCCCCUCUGGCGACCCCGCAAUUGCCCAAUCGUUCGAUCAAGAAGCCGCUGCCGUGCUCAUGUCUAGGAUAGCAGUCUUCAAGGCUGAGGUUGAUGACGGUCCAGAUGUCCUGCGAUGGGUCGAUCGCAUGCUGAUCCGACUAUGUGCUCGCUUCGCUGAGUACAGGAAGGACGACCCCUCUUCGUUCAGGCUCGAAAAGAACUUCACGCUAUACCCGCAGUUCAUGUUCCAUCUCCGUCGUUCGCAGUUCCUGCAAGUCUUCAACAACUCGCCCGACGAAACCGCCUUCUACCGCCAUGUCUUGAACCACGAGGAUGUUAGCAACUCCCUCAUCAUGAUUCAGCCAACGUUGGAUAGCUACGGAUUUGACCACGAAGGCGGUCAGCCCGUGCUCCUCGAUUCAAGCUCGAUUCAGUCCGAGACUGUUCUGUUGCUCGACACUUUCUUCCAUAUUCUCAUUUUCCACGGCGAGACCAUGGCAGAAUGGAGAAAGGCUGGCUAUCAAGAGCAAGAGGGCUAUGAGAACUUCAGGGAACUCUUGGAAGCGCCAAAAGAGGACGCCAAGGAGCUCAUUCAGGACCGUUUCCCGCUGCCCCGUUUCAUUGUCUGCGAUGCUGGUGGUUCACAAGCCCGUUUCCUGCUCAGCAAGCUCAACCCAUCGACGACGCACACUACUGGAACCUACGGUGGUGUCGCACAAACAGCUCAGACCAUUUUCACCGACGAUGUCAGUCUGCAAACCUUCAUGGACCAUUUGAUGAAGCUUGCAGUAUCGGGUACCGGAUGAGAGGGUCAAAGCUUCUGGGGUAAUGACUAUUUCGAUCGCGAAAAGGAGGGGUGAAUUGUUCUGGACGUACGAUUUUGUAUUAGAC